UACGUGGUGGUGUUGAUGGCAACAUUUUGGUGCACGGAGGCCCUGCCGCUGGCUGUCACGGCGAUGCUCCCAGUCUGCCUCUUUCCAACGCUGGGCGUUCUACCAGCCAAAAAGGUCUGCCCCCAGUACUUCAUCGAAACCAACUUCCUGUUCCUCAGCGGCCUCGUGAUGGCGUCCUCCAUUGAGGAGUGGGGUCUGCAUCGUAGGAUAGCGCUGAAGGUUCUUAGUAUUGUUGGAGUGAAACCAGCCUGGCUCAUCUUGGGGAUGAUGCUGACGUCAUCCUUCCUGUCCAUGUGGCUCAGCAACACGGCAACAACAGCCAUGAUGCUGCCCAUCGCCAACGCCAUCCUGGAGAGCCUGUUUGGAGACCUGGAGAGCCUGAAGAAGAAGUGCAAAUCCUCCGAGGACCACGAAGGUGCUGUAAUAAAUGGCCAGUCUUCUGUGAAGCUGCAUUCUCUGCCGUCAGAGCCUUGUGAGAAACAAACGCUGUCACCAGAGUGGAUGGAUGCAGUGGAGCAGCCUGACCUGAGGACAGCAGAAGAGAUCCGCUCAGAGUCGGAGUAUCAGCUGAAAGUCUGGAAAGGGUUCCUCAUCUGUAUUCCCUACGCAGCCAGCAUUGGAGGCACAGCAACACUGACAGGCACCGCACCCAACCUCAUCCUGAUUGGACAGCUAAAAAGCUAUUUCCCAGACUGCGACCUUAUCAACUUUGGCUCUUGGUUUGCAUUUGCCUUCCCACUGAUGCUCCUCUUCCUGUUCCUGGGAUGGCUUUGGAUCUCUUUUCUUUAUGGGGGCUUGAACACGAGGUAAAGCUGGUAAAGCUACGAACAUGACUGGAGAUCUCAGGCAGAAGCUCGAGCCCAAGCUUUGAUUCUUCAAGAUUACCAGAAACUGGGACCACUAAACUUUGCAGAGGGGGCCAUCUCUUUCUUUUUCGUUUUGUUUGCCGUUCUUCUGUUCUCAAGAGAUCCAAAGUUUGUUCCAGGCUGGUCAGUGUUUUUCAAGAAGGGGUACGUGUCAGAUGCAGUCACUGGUGUGAUCAUCGUGUCUAUUCUGUUCUUCUUCCCUUCUCAGAAACCUUCUCUGAAAUGGUGGUUUGACCCAAAAGCUUUGAACACUCCGUACGUUCCUCUGCUGUCGUGGAAGAAGGCCCAGGACUCUGUUCCCUGGAACAUCAUUCUCCUUCUUGGAGGGGGUUUUGCAAUGGCCAAAGCUUGUGAGGAGUCAGGCCUGGCCGCCUGGAUUGGAGGCCACCUCCAGCCUUUGGCUGAAGUUCCUCCUGCUGCAGCUGUGAUACUGAUCACGGCGUUCCUCGCCUGUUUCACUGAGUUUGCUAGCAACACUGCCACAAUCAUCAUAUUUCUCCCUGUCAUUGCUGAACUGGCUAGUCGUGUGUUGGUGAACCCUCUGUACUUCAUGAUCCCUGCCACGGUUGGAUGCUCAUACGCCUUCAUGCUCCCAGUGUCCACACCACCCAACUCCAUUGCCUUUGCAUCAGGACACCUCCUGGUGAAGGACAUGGUGAAGACUGGUUUCGUCAUGAACAUCCUGGGCAUCCUCUCUGUCUCUCUGGCUAUGAAUACUUGGGGUGUUGCCAUGUUCAACCUGAACUCUUACCCAGAAUGGGCUCACCCCGCCAACAAGACUGCACUUAUUCCCAACGUUUUAUCAGUCAACGCCACGCUCUGAUAACCUCUUUUU